AUGAAUUUACCCUCAAUGGCUAGCAAAUUCGAUCUGGUGGUGCUCAACGGGAAGGUAGUCACUGCCAGUGACAUUUGCGACUAUUGCAUUGGGAUUAAAGAUGGGAAGAUCCAAACCCUCGCCGAGAGCUUCUCGGAAGAUGAGAUAGCAGGCGCCGAGGUCAUCGAUGCUGAAGGGGCAUAUGUGAUGCCUGGUGGAAUUGACGCUCACGUCCACUUAUGUCAAGAUUUAAAAACUGGACCACACGGUCUAGGAGGUGAAUGCGCCGAUAACUUCGAGACGGGCUCCCGGAGUGCAGUGGCCGGUGGCACAACGACAAUUAUCACUUUCGCGACACAGACCAGAGGAGAAGAAGACCGAAGCCUGAUCAAGGUCGUAGAGUCUUAUAACGCGCGUGCCGAGGAGACGGGCAGCUACGUGGACUAUGGGUUCCAUAUCAUUAUUGUUCGCAAUGAUGCCGACGUGCUGGAGACCGAACUCCCGAUUUUGAAGAAGGACUGGGGCAUUAGCAGCUGCAAGCUCUUCCUGACGUAUGAAACACAACGGUUGACAGAUUCGCAACUUUUGGAUGUCAUGUGGGCUGCUAGAAAAAACUCCAUCACUACGAUGAUUCAUGCAGAGAAUGGGGACAUGAUUGCAUGGCUUACACAAAAACUCGAGGAGAAAGGCAUGAAUGCUCCAUACUACCACGCCUUGUCUCGCCCACCUCUUGUCGAGGGCGAGGCGACUAAUCGCGCCAUUGCCUUAGCGCAAUUGAUCCAAAAUCCGAUUCUUUUCGUGCAUGUCGGCUCUGCACUUGGGGCGGCCAAUGUACGUCGGGCUCAAAAUAUGGGAUUACCCGUGUACGCUGAAACAUGCCCUCAAUAUUUCCAUUUAACAUGGAAUGACCUGAAACGGUUCCAUUCACCAACUUGUUUCGAAAACAGCAAAAUGAUCUGCUCACCUCCCCCACCCCCGGAUGCUUCUGACCAGGAAGAUUUGUUUGUUGGCCUUCACAAUGGAACAUUCACAAUUUACUCAUCCGAUCACUGCCCUUUUCGCUACAAUGACCCCCAUGGCAAGGCUUCUGGAGUGCUUGAGCACGCCAAAAGCAUGGAAGGGGAGUCACCGCAUGCCUGCGAUGAUCUACAUGACCUCUUGACACGCAAGGAAGGGUCAUUUAAAUUGAUUCCCAACGGCAUUCCUGGUGUUGAAACUCGACUCCCAUUACUCUACUCUGGGGCACUAUCGACUGGCCGCAUAUCACCACAACGCUUUGUGGAACUUACGUCUACAAAUCCAGCAAAACUGUACGGGUUAUAUCCCAAAAAGGGGACACUGAUGCCAGGAUCUGACGCCGAUUUGGUGAUUUGGCACCCUGAGAAGACGUUUGAGCCAUUCCAUCUUACCAACGCCCAACUCCACCACAAUGUCGAUUAUACGCCAUACGAAGGAUUCAAGAUGCUCAAUUGGCCUCGUUAUACGAUUCUCCGAGGCAAAGUGAUGUGGGCCAACGGUAAGAUACUUGCCUGCGUCCUUCCAGAGGGCCCACCCUGCAGGAGUUGUUUCACUAAUAACAAAGAAUGCACCUUCAAACUGCGUCCCAGAUUGAAGACCCGGCGUAUGAGUACAGAAAAUCAAGCUCCUCACGCUACUGCGUCUUACGAGGUGCCAAAUCCAACAUUGCAACUCAGUCCUGAUAGUACUCGAUUGCACCACGACCCGUUCGACCAGGACAGGGGCUACUCCUACAAUGAUCCAGUCCAAAUGUGGCCGGGGCAACAUGCUCAAAAUGAGCCUCAACCUGAUCUCAUGACCCGUCAUACCUCAAUGGAAUCUAUGGAUGACCAUCCUAUCAGUCCGGAUCAAGAGUCACCACAGCAAAUCGGGGCCAUUACCAGUCCUGCAUCGCAGCCCGUUCAGCGCAUCCGGUCGCUAGAUCUCAUUGAAGGAUCGAUCGCGCAGUUUUACGGCAUGUCCUCGGAGUCAGAUCCGUGGCUGCUUCGACAUUGCCGAUACGAUGAAUAUGGCAUGCGCAGCCUGCAUCGGACUCACAUCCGUAAUGUCGGUGGCGUCCCCGUUGAAGGGCUGGUACCGGUCCAUUUUCUUGAGACCGAGAAGGAGCUUAUGCUGCCAAAAGGCUCAGAUAUGGAUAAUCGGUCUCAGAAGGACGUGAUGCAAGACCGGAACCAACUCAAUGAUAUGGUCUCCCCGGAACACGGCAAGCGGCUUCUAUCCUUAUUUCUUCGAUUCGUGUUCCCAGCCGUCCCAAUAAUAUCCAGGUCCCAGCUUGGUAUUACUUCAGGAGUGUCGACUGCUGUGUUGGAGAAGAUCCCCGUUCAUUUGCUUGCGGCGAUUUAUGCCUCGGCCAUCCCUUUCGCAGUCCAUGACUCGGUGCUGUGUGUAUCUGCCGCAUAUGGGGAGCUCUUGUCCGAGAAGCUGUGGCAUACGGUCUACGAGCUUAUCCUCCAGGAGACUCACACACCAAAGCUGGCAGUUUUGCAAGCAUCUUUGCUCUAUCUGCAACAAAUUCCCGCCGGAAGCCUGAAAGCCCUCCCUGAUGGGCCAUUCAUUUGGUCUUUCCUUGGGUCUACAGUGGCCCUGGCUGUCUCCCUCGGUCUUCAUGUUGAACCCCGGCCAUGGGGGAUUCCCCCGUGGGAGAAGCGCCUGCGGAGGAGACUGUGGUGGGCAGUCUACGUAGAAGACAAAUGGCGGAGUCUUCUUACGGGCCGGCCUUCAUUUAUCCACCCUGAUGAGUUUGAUAUCUUUGACCUUAGUGCCGGUGAUUUCAUCCAAGAUGAGAAAGCCGACGAACAUGACCAUAAUUGCCAGCCUCUUUUCUACUACACUACAGGUUUGGCUCGGAUCAUCGAGAAUCUGCAUCGGACAUUUUAUACUAUAAAAGCCUCUCAGAGAGUAUCAGAUGACUUUCGCGCGUCCAUCGACGCUGCACGACCCAUCCGCGCCCAGCUUCAACAAUGGUACUUAUCUCUUCCCGAUACUCUUCGACUCAAGCGUGGCUCCGUUUCAAAUAGCCACAUAGCAUCUGACCCAAUCGAGGGUGCGUCCGACCUUCAUUUCUCAUACUUGGUUCUUGAGAUGUUCCUUUACCGCGCCAUUCUCCGUCCUCUUGCCCAAUCACCGCCACCGCCACCGAUCUCAGACGACACAGAUCCAACCCCGAUGGGAGCUUUCUGGCUCGUUGAAGACCUAACGUUCGACACUCACGGCUUCGAUCAACUCCCAGCCAUGAAUUCCAUGCAGCUUGGCGAGGCUGAAGAGGCUACCCUCAAGGCUGCAGAAAAGUGUGCGGCCAUCAUCGUCAAUUUUGUAGGAGCCUUGGCGCCCCAUGAGUUUGGCUCCUUCUGGCAUCCUUGGAACCGAAUCUGUUUCGCCGCAGUAUCCAACUUCGUCACUCUGCUCCUUGUUCAAGCGCCGACCAGGCAACAUGCAUUGAGAUCGAGGGAUUUGCUUGAGCUGUGGUCACACACACUUCGUUGCCAGCACUGGAGCCACGAAGGCCUAAUGAAGCUAGGUCUAGUGCGACUAAAUCAGAUGCAGAUCGAGGGAUUGGAGAACAUCUUCAAUUUGCCUGCGCAUGUAUCCGAGAUAUUAAGGGAUACACAGCAAGAUUAA